AUGAAUAUCUCAAAUCCCGUGGCCUCUGAGGUCACCAGUGUUGAUUUCACAUUUCUGUCUACAGAGGAUAUUCAGAAUCUUUCAGUCAAACAGAUUAUAAACCCUCUAACCUUUGGAAGCGUUGCAGCUGGAAACGUCCCAGUUCCCAUUGUUGGUGGACUCUAUGAUCCAGCUCUAGGAGCGAGUGAUCAGCUGAGGCAGCGGUGCGCAACAUGUCACUUAGAUUACAAGUACUGCCCAGGACACACAGGUCAUAUUGCGCUUCCAGUGCCUGUAUACCAUCCUCUAUUUUUUGACCAGAUGCUCCGACUACUGCGCUCGACCUGCGUCUUUUGUUUUCACCUGCGAAUGUCCAAAGCUGUUGUUAACCGCUAUGUAUGUAAACUCAAGCUGAUCCAACAUGGGCUACUACUGGAGGCGCAACAACUGGACGAUAUCCAGGUUGCGGCUAAGCCAGCAGUAAAGGCUGGAAGAUCAAUCGCAGAAGAAGAAGGACCAGGAGACGAUAUAGAAAGUGAAGAUGAAGACGAUAUGGAGGCGUUUUUUAAGAAGCGGAACCGGUUCGUGGAAAAGGCAAUUAAGCGGAACCGUGCGAAUCAGGCAAAUUGGAACUCGGCGAAGGUUAUGAGCGUGGCCGAAGAGCGGAGAGCUCUUGUGAAACAGUUUUUGGCGGAUAUAAUAAAGCCCAGGAAAUGUAAUCGUUGUCAAGCGAUUGCACCUACUUUUCGUGCCGACGGAUACUCUAAGAUUUUUGAAAAGCCCCUUCCUACUAAAGCGCGUAACCAGAACUCUCAGCUUGGCCUGCGAAGACGGAACGCCGCUCUUGACAGAAGAAAGCCAAAGUCAUCACCACACAAGAAGUACUCCAAUGCUAUGGAGAUUGACGAGGGUAUUGGCGGUGAGAUUGAUGUUGAGGUUCAGGAAACUUCUUCGGAAGAGGACGAAGAGGCUCUUAAUGAAGCUGCAGAUAGGAAAGGAUCGGCUGGGCGACUUCUGAUGAGCAUGGAAGUGCUCAAUACCCUUAUCAGGCUUUUCGAUAAUGAAAAGGAUAUCACACAGCUCUUGUAUGCCCCGCGGACAGCAAUUGAUAAACACCCGAAACCUGUCUCAGCAGAUAUGUUCUUCUUGCACGCCAUUGCCGUACCGCCUACAAAAUUCAGACCCCCGCAAUUCUCCGGUGGUGAGGUCAGCGAAUCGGCUGUAAACAGGGGACUGGUUAAGAUUCUUCAAGACUGCCUUUACAUCAGAGACCGUAACGAAGCUAUUAAUGAUCCUUCUACCACACAAGAUUCUAAGACUGAGAUUGUCCGCCGUUUAAUCGAGUCGUUUGUUACUCUCCAAGAAGAUGUAAAUACCUUCCUUGACUCCACAAAGUCGCCUGUCACUGGGUUGGCCGCAAAGGCUAUAGAAGAGGGUAUUAAGCAGAAGCUUGAGAAGAAAGAAGGAUUGUUCCGGAUGAACAUGAUGGGUAAACGUGUCAACUUUGCCGCACGUUCUGUCAUUUCCCCGGACCCCAACAUCGAAACUCGUGAAAUCGGUGUGCCGCCGGUAUUUGCGAGCAAGCUCACCUACCCGGAACCAGUUACAGAAAUUAAUGCUACAUGGCUUAUGUCAUUAGUAGUGAAUGGCCCUGACACUUGGCCAGGAGCUGUAGCGAUCGAGAUGGAGAAUGGCUCUGUUCAGCGUCUACCAGGCGACAAAGAGCCUAGCGGUCGCCAAAAGAGAAUUCAGCUUUCGAAGACACUACUAACCCCUGAUACCCUCUCUCUUUCAGACUCCCGUCCCAAAAAGGUUCACAGACAUCUUCACGACGGCGAUGUUGUUCUCAUGAACCGUCAGCCAACGCUUCACAAGCCAUCCAUCAUGGGACACAUCGCAAAGGUUUUGCCAAAGGAACGUACGAUUCGCAUGCACUACGCCAACUGUAAUACUUACAAUGCCGAUUUUGACGGUGAUGAGAUGAACAUGCAUCUUCCCCAGAAUGAAAUGGCAAGGGCCGAGGCAAAAGAAAUUGCAAACACCGAUAACCAGUACCUUGGAUCCACGGCCGGAAAGCCAUUGCGAGGUUUAAUUCAGGAUCAUUUGGUAAUGGGUGUGUGGUUGACAAAUCGUGAUACUAUGUUCACAAGGGAGGAGUACCAGCAGCUUCUUUACAGUUGUUUGUUGCCGGAGCAUAAUUCGCUUUUUGCGACGUCAGGAAAGAGCAGUAGAAUCAUCACCCUACCACCCGCUAUUAUGAAGCCAAGACAGAUGUGGACUGGGAAACAAGUCGUGACUACGAUCCUGGAGAAUAUCCGCCCCAAAUACUUUGCUGGGUUGACACUAUACUCCAAGUCCAAGACUCCUGGAGACUCCUGGUAUAAGGGCAAUGAGGAGGGAAAUGUCAUCUUUCAUGACGGCUACUUCGUUUCUGGGAUUCUUGAUAAGAACCAACUUGGGCCUACUGAGUUUGGGUUAAUCCACUCCGUCUACGAAAUUUACGGCCCCACAGUUGCGGGAAGUUUACUCAGUAUUUUUGGGCGUCUGCUUACGAAGUUUUUGCAUAUGAGGGCUCACACGUGUGGCAUGGACGACUUGCUACUCACCCCCGAGGGAGAUAAAAGGAGGCGUGCUGCUUUGGCAGGGUCAGAUGUUGUAGGAAAGAACCUCAGUGUGGAAUACGUAGGGCUUAAGCCAGAAGAGUAUACCGAGACUGAGCUCAACGCGAGAAUGGAAGAGGUUCUUCGAGAUAAAAACAAGCAUAAUACUCUAGACCUGAAAGCAAAUUCUCAGACCGCGGCUUUCACUUCAAGGGUAAUUAAAGAGUGUCUGCCGUCGGGGCUACAGAAGGCUUUCCCAUAUAACAAUUUCCAGGCCAUGACUGUCUCAGGGGCUAAGGGGUCCGACGUUAACGCAUCACAGAUUUCGUGCCUGCUUGGACAGCAGGUUUUGGAAGGCUCCAGAGUACCAGUUAUGGUCUCUGGAAAGACACUCCCUUGCUUCAGACCAUAUGAUACGAACGUUCGGGCAGGAGGUUAUAUCACGGAUCGUUUCUUGACUGGUGUUAGACCGCAGGAAUACUAUUUUCAUUGUAUGGCUGGGCGCGAAGGUUUGAUUGAUACUGCUGUAAAGACCUCUAGGUCUGGAUAUCUUCAGAGAUGCUUGAUCAAGGGUAUGGAAGGUAUUCAAGUGCAGUAUGAUAACACUGUCCGAGAUAGUGACGGGUCGCUUGUCCAGUUUUUGUAUGGAGAGGAUGCUUUAGAUGUUGCAAAACAGAAGCAUCUGCGCCAGUUCAAAUUCUUGUCGCAGAAUAUGGAGUCUGUUGUGAGAAAACUUGCCGACGAUACUGUCAACGAGAGCUUGGGCCCUAAGCUUGCCAUGAUUGCAGAAAAGUUGAACCAUGGGAUUGCAAACGAGCAUCUCAAGAAAUCAAUGAAGAAAUAUGCCAAACGAGGGGAUCUAGCAGCGUCAGAGGUUACCAUGUCAGAAUACAGCCCAAGCAGAUAUGUUGGCAGUGUUUCUGAAAGCUUUGCUGAGGCUAGAGAAGCCUAUCUGAGGGAGAAUCCAGACAAAUUAAUCGUCAGCACCAAGCAAUCCCGCACAAUGGUCGGAACUGAGCUCUCACGCGGUCUUAAUAAGGGUGAAUUCAGGAACCUGAUGGAUCUGAAAUACUUCCGCUCUCUCGUAGAUCCUGGCGAGGCCGUUGGUAUUAUAGCCGGACAGUCAAUCGGAGAGCCUUCAACACAAAUGACACUCAAUACUUUCCAUUUAGCUGGUCACGCAACCAAGAACGUCACCCUUGGUAUCCCGCGUCUACGUGAAAUCGUCAUGACCGCUUCUGCAAACAUCGCCACGCCAACAAUGACAUUAACAUUAAGGAAUGGCGUUUCUGACCGCAAGGCAGAGGUGUUUGCCAAGAGAUGUAGUCAACUGAUGUUGUCGGAGGUCAUCGAGAAAGUCACUAUUAAAGAAAGUCUUACCAAAGAUAUCAAGAGCUACAAGAUCAGAUUAGACCUCUUCCCUAAAGAGGAGUAUGAGGAGGAGUACUCGAUCACAAAGAAGACCGUUGGAAACACCUUCAAAAGUUCGUUUGUGCCAGCUCUUGAACGCUCCGUUAACAAGGUGUUAAAUCCUAAGAAAACCAAGAGCAAAGAGAGGAUUGGCAAAGAUGACGCCAUGCCAGAUAUUGGCGAGAGUGCUGGCACUGUUGAGGAGGAGCGAAGAAAAGAGAGCGCUGCUGAUAAUUCUGACGACGAGGAGAGCGACGAUGACAAUGAGGAAGACGCGACAAACGCGAAGCAGAAGAGCAGGAAAUCAGAGGCCGUUUCCUACGAAAACCCCGACGAUGCCGAGGAAGAGAUCGCGAAACAGGCCGAGAGCUCUGGCGAGAGCUCUGAUGAGGAUGAGGAUGUUGAUGAGGGACUUGGGGCUAGUGCUCCGGAUAGUGGGGAUAAUAGCGAUGAUGGCUCAAAGUCGAAUCGAAAAGCUGCUAAGAAAUCGAAGGCAAAGGCUGUUGUUACCCCAGUAAAGAAAAUUGUCGUGAAAAACAGCAGCGAGAACGUGUCAAGGUUCGAGUUUGACGAACAAUACGGCCAAUGGUUCGAGGUGGAUCUACAGUACCCAUCGGAGGCACCAAAGGUUCUCAUGUUGGGAAUUGUGGAAAAGGUGUGUCGAGACACGAUUAUCCAUAAGCUUUCUGGUAUUGGGUCUAUCAUGAAAGUCCCAAGCUCAGAACUCAGCAAGGCUGAACAAGCCGCUGGCAAGCGCAAACUUGCAGUUGAAGGUGUCAAUUUUGAAGCCUUCUGGAACGAGCAGGAUGAGAUCGAUCCCAACACAAUUGAAUCCAAUGAUAUUGCCGCCUUCCUUCGCUAUUAUGGUGUCGAAGCCGCACGCAAUAAUAUCGUCAAGGAAAUGAAUGCUGUCUUCGGCGGUCAUGGUAUCGCCGUUGAUAUCCGUCAUCUAAACCUCAUCGCCGACAUCAUGACCCGUGGCGGAGGGUAUAACCCUUUCAACAGACAGGGCAUUAAGACAGGGACUUCGCCGUUUUUGAAAAUGAGUUUUGAAACCACGUGUAACUUCCUUAAAGAUGCAGUGGUGGAGGGUGAUUUCGAUGAUCUAAGCAGCCCGUCCAGCAGGAUUGUUCUCGGGAAACUGUCUAAUGUGGGAAGUGGGAGCUUUGAUGUGAUGGUGGGUGGGUUGACAAGGGAGAAUAGGUAG